AUGGCAGGCCCUCAGCAUAUCCCCUUAAACUCGGACCCUCACGGUUCGAGCAACACCACCAGUGCGGCAAAUACUAACAAACAUGGCCAACAGCAGCAUCAACAACAACCGCUAAUAUCUUCAGGGUCAUCUGAAUUCAGACACUCGCCAGCUUCAAGCAUCUCCUCAGGCCUUGCGCAUUUUUCAGAACCCAACAACAACACUCAAGCUUCGUCCUCUGAAUAUGUUUACGACGACGACGACGAUUAUCUUGAGUUCCGGCUCAAGGACCCGCUGGACGGUAUCAUGCGGUUUGAUGCAUCUAAAGAAGGUGCCCCUCAAGUAAUCCGUCACUCCAUGUCGGAAUCCACUCGCUCCAGUAUAGAUACAGCCAGAAAUCAUCCGCAGAACCCCUUCCAAUCUUCUUCCUCACACAGUCUUGUUUCAAGUCACUCGAAUUUGUCCCGGAACCAAGGUGAUAGUAGUGUUGCAUUGGCACACCACAAGGUGUAUAAUGCAAACACUACAAGCCAGCAUUCACUUUCAAGGCCCUCUUUACAAAUCGACACAAAUGCUCCUUCAACUGCUACUUACGCACCUCCCCCCCUUUCAUCGGCUUCUGCGGAAACCCCUAAGCAUGAAAAAGUGUCGCCGCAGCAAGAACAUUUAAAUCGCCUUGCACGGAAAGAGCAGCUGGAUCGUGAAAAGGGGACUUUGCCUCCACUUUCAUCUGCAUCUGCAACAGCUACAGCUACAGCUACAGCUACAGAAACCCCUAAAACACCCAAAGUCCCAGUUACCAACGAUAGUGAUGACGACAUGGACUGGCAAGAAAUGCCUACGGUGGCCUCCUACGAUGUUUACAAUGAUAAAAAUGAACGGGUAGUGAUGCGUAAGGAGGAUUACAAUGAAGAGUACAGCAAACGCACAGCAUACAACCAAGACGAAAGCAGGGGUGAAUCCAAGUACGGGUAUACUCGCAUCACAGCUGCUGCUGACAACGACUUAAAGGACGAGCUAGAUGAAAGCACAGACUUUUUAUUUGACGAGGAUGAGUUCAAGCGUAGUCCACUAGCACAACUUGAAACUACAAAGAAAAUGCUUAGUGAUAGCCAACGUAUUGCCUACGUCGGUCUAUGCAGAUUAGCCAUGAUUGAAAUGGCGACGGAGCUUGCCCAGAUUUCCGGGUCCUUUCGUAUUGGCAAAAAGCUCUCAGAUGCCCAGCAUUCCAUGGCCCGCUGGGCUCAACUCAUGAUUAUGCGUCUUUACAAGCAUAUGGAUCUUUCUCCUGAAGAACAACGAAUGAUUGAGUUAUUAUCUACACACGGAAUCGAGCCGACGGAUCUUUCUCCGUCCCUUUUGAAAUCAGCCAAAGUUGAAAACCCCUUUUUCGAUAAGACUCGACCCCCCACAGAUACCCCAACACUUCACCGUUCUACAACACGCGGGUCGCGUGCCGAAGUGGAAGACUUGCACUAUGAAAAUCCUGAAACUUAUAGCAACGACCGUGAAAUUGAGAUUGACGUGCGCUGGACUCUUCUUUGUGAUUUAUUUUUGGUCUUACUCUCGGAUUCAAUUUAUGAUGCACGUUCACGCACACUUAUGAUGCGCGUAGGUUUAUAUCUCGAAGUGUCCAACUUGGAAAUUGCGCAAUUUGAAAAAAAGGUAACAGAUGCUCUUGAACUCGACGAAGCCAGCAACCAAACUUGGAACGAAAAAGACAUCAUGGAAGAGCGCCGUAAAAAGGCUCUCAAGAAAAAAUAUAUUUACGUUGGUCUUGCAACCAUUGGUGGUGGUCUGGUCCUGGGCUUGUCGGCCGGUCUGCUGGCUCCAGUUAUUGGUGCUGGUCUUGCCGCUGGUUUGUCGACUAUUGGUAUUUCCGGUACAGCCAGUUUCCUAGCAGGUGCCGGUGGUACGGCCAUUGUCACGACAACUGGUAUUGCUUUUGGUUCCAAGAUUGGUCUCCAGGGUAUGAACCGACGCAUGGGUCACGUCAAGACGUUUGAGUUCCGCCCGCUGCACAAUAAUAAGCGUGUUAAUCUCAUUGUGACUGUUUCUGGAUGGCUGGUUGGCAAAGAAGAUGAUGUUAGAUUACCGUUUUCUACUAUUGACCCUGUCAUGGGUGAUGUUUACUCGCUGUUGUGGGAACCUGAGAUGCUGAGAUCUAUGGGUCAAACAAUCAACAUUUUGGCAACUGAAAUUUUGACACAAUCUGUACAGCAAAUUCUUGGCUCAACCAUUCUUGUAGCCUUAAUGGCAUCUAUCCAACUCCCCAUGGCUCUGAGUAAGCUCGGAUACUUGCUCGACAAUCCAUGGAAUGUAUCUCUUGACCGUGCUUGGGCCUCAGGUUUGAUUUUAGCAGAUACCUUAAUUCGUCGCAACUUGGGUGUGCGCCCAAUAACUCUUGUUGGUUUCUCACUUGGAGCUCGUGUAAUUUACUCAUGCCUUGUUGAGCUUGCACGACAAGGUAUGCACGGUCUUGUGCAGGAUGUUUUAAUUUUUGGAGCACCUAUUGUUGUCAAGAAAGACCAGUUCAAGUUGGCUCGGUCUGUUGUUUCUGGUCGGUUCGUCAACGGCUACUCUAAAAAAGAUUGGAUUCUUGGAUACCUUUUCCGUGCCACAUCUGGUGGUCUUGGUCUGGUGGCAGGAUUGGCACCGGUCAAAGAUGCACCAUCGGUGGAAAACGUGGACGUGACAGAACAUGUUGAAGGUCAUAUGGGAUACCGUGUGGCUAUGCCCCGACUAUUGAUGGAUCUCGGGUGGGAGGUUUCAAGUGAAGAGUUUGAAGAAAUUGAAGAUCCAGAUCCAGAUCAACACCGCGAGAGACAACGCCAGCUGAUGGAAGAGUUUGACGAUGCUCGUAAGCAAAUGGAAAAGGAGGCUGCGAACUCAGAAGCGGGAGCAUUGGCGCAAACUGGGACUGGCAAGAGUAAAGGCAAGAAGAAGAAGAAGGGAUUGUUCAACUGGAUUAAGCCUAAGGAAAAGGAACUGUGGGACAUGUACGACCGAGAAAUCAAGGAUGCGCAUAAAAAGGAUGAGGAAGCAGCAGCAGCAUCAGCAUCAGCAUCAGCAUCAGCCCCAGCAACGCCAAGAUCUGGUGCAAGCACACCCAGAACCCCGUCUUCGGAUAUUAUUUUUGAUGUUGAUGCUAUUCGAAAAGAACUUGAGGAGCUGGGUCGACAGGGAGCUAAUGUGAGUGCCGGGACUGGAAUUAUCACGACACAGCAGUUUGAUUUUGACAAUGAUGAGGUUCCCUUGACCAAAGCGGAGAAAAGCCGAGGGACGGCAGCAACUAGAUCAGGACACACUGCCAAGAAUGGGACAGCCAGUAGUAGUAAUAACAAAACGGGUAGUGGAGGCGGUGGACACGUACAAAUGGAGUUUGACGAUGGGUACGACACAGACGAAAGUGCAGAUGAAGAUCCGUUUGCAGACGACCGGGCAGCACGCAUGGGGCAAAAGGCGCCGUAUGUGUUGCCUCACACGGUUUCGUCGCCUACUCUGCCUUCACUCGGGACCUCCUCGGCGGGCAGCAGUCGUGGAGGAGCGGCAGAGACUUUGCAUCAUUUGCGGAACGGUCGGUCAUCUACUUUGUCGCAUGAAGUAAAGUACGAUGAUAAUACCAGUACUGAGAAUCAAGGGCUAAGGAAUGGGUUCCCUGCAGCCCCACCGCGGUCAACAGUACAUAAGCAUGUAUCUUCGAUAUCAAGAGGUCCGUCGGAGUAUGUGGAUCGUACAAAUAUACCACCGCGUGUAGAGGAAUCUCCAUGGGCAGCUGAGGCUUCCAAAACAACUGCAAAUACCACAGUUUCUGAGACUAAGUCUGUGGCUGCAACAACUACAACAACCAACAAUACGAUAGUUUCUACAGCUGCACCUGUGCCACCACCUUCGCGACCAGUAAAUCCUUUUGGGUAUUCUGAUGAUGAGGAUGAAGCCACUUCGGCAUGGGCCACACCACCAGGUCCCACAACAUCAGCAGCAUCAGCAUCAGCAGCCAACGGCAUACAUUUGAAUGGUGGUGAUUUAUCUGCAUCUGUCAGUUCCAAUCCGACCAUGUCGUUUGAUGAUUUUGACGACGACAAUUAUGAUAAAAAGUAUGAAACCAAGACUUCAUUACCGGCAGCUGCAUCGUCAUGGUCUACGUCUACGUCUGCGUCUGCGUCUGCUUCUGCGUCUGCUUCUGCGUCUGUGUCUACUUCGAAACCAACCAUGUCGUUUGACGAUUUUGAUGAAGACAAUUAUGAUAAAACAUAUGAAACAAAGGCCUCAUUGCCGCCAGCUACACCGUCAUGGUCUGCAUCAGCAUCAGCUUCAGCUUCGAAACCAACCAUGUCGUUUGACGAUUUCGAUGAAAACAGUUACAAUAAUAAACCGAUGACGACAGCAACGACAACGACGACAGCGGUGGCGGCGGGUGCAGCGGCGACUCCCACAUCGUCGUGGUCCUCAUCGGUACCGGUUUCGAAAACUGCCAUGACAUUUGAUGAUGAAGAUGACUACGAAAAUAAGUACAGAAGCAAGACUUUGACCGGUACUAAUAACGCGUUUGAGGCCUCUACUUUGUCAAUAUCAAAUCCUACAAAGUUAUCGUCGGUUGACACCUAUGAGAAUAAUUAUAGAACCAAGGGGUCUUCUGUUAGUCAAUCGCCGUGGUCAACUAGUAAUAGCACUACUCAUUAUAACAGCGGUCAUACUGGGGUAUCUACGACAUUACCAUUAGCUUUCGAACCUACCAUGUCGUUUGAUGAUGAGAACAAUUAUGGAACUAAGUCAUCGUCACCAUCGAAACCUGCAAUGUACUUUGAUGAAUAUGACAAUGACGAUGAGUACGGUUCGCCAAAGGGUGAGCAUAUUCAAAUGUCAUUUGAUUAA